CCGUAUCCUCUGCUGCAAUCACCAUGCUCGGCCUGACAUCGACAAGGACUGUCGCUCGGCGGACAAUACGUGUGGUGGGCUCGAGAGAGAGCGGUAUGGCCCAAGUGGCUAUGGUGAAGCCAUUCUCCUCGCUUUCCUGCGGACUGCAAGCCAGUCAGAGGAUACUGCCGUGCGCCAGGCGUCUGGCAGCGAGUCCGUCAGCUAGCCUUUCUCUAGCCCCGCUUCAUCCUCGACGUCACCUCUUCACAAGUCCCUUGCGAUGGAACACAACUGCAGAGAAGCCAGCUGAGACUCCCCAGCCGGAAGUCCUGGCGACAUAUACAGGCCCAAUGGCCGCUACCUUCUACCGGCUGAAGCUCUUCUCCCUUGGAUCCCUCACCCUCGCUUCGGCAUUCACCCCCGUCUUCCUCCUAGCCGCCAGCGAUCUCUCCCUCGCUGGUCGUCUCGGCCUCUCGGCCACUGCCAUCGUCACCUCGGUAGUCAGCACGGCGCUCGUAGCUUGGAUUGGCAAGCCUUACGUGGGGAGGAUGAGUCUGAUGCCUGCUCCUGCAGACGGGAAAGGGCAAGAGCCUAUCAUCGAGGCAUAUACAAUCACCUGGAGGAUAAGGACUCUGCAGACUAGGAUCUACCAGCCGAGCUUGAUCCGACCUACGUCGAGACCCUUUGCCUCUUGGGAGCUGCCCGAGAACCCGGGAGGCGUCUUCCACUUGCCGCAAAGCUCCAGCGGGGAUGGGAGCGGAGCGAACGAGGACAGAAUCCUAGUGUCAGAAACCUUUGACGCGAAGAGUGGCAAAGUAGUGGGCAAGUGGUGGGCAGAGAGGGUCGCAGGGACAGCAAGCAACAGUGGGAAGGGAGCACAAGGAGAGUUCAAGGAAGAGGCACGGUGUUUCGCAGAGGGCAAGCCGGUGAGGCAUUUCCAGGUCCAUGAAGAGCUGCUUGGCGAGGAGUGGAGGAUAUUGGGAUGAGCGAGCAAUAAAGCACUCAGAAGAUCAAGCUUCGCACCUCUCUGACGACCUGACGAUGUGCCACGAUUCGAUGUCAAGAUAGUGAUCUCUCAUUAUUGUACAGAUGCCCCCAUCUUCAGAUAAUGCCCUUGUUCAUAUACGCCUCCCUCACCCUGCCGACCUUCUUC